UACCUGACGCGGCGCGGGACGGUGCUCUCGGUGCCGGGCUCGCUGCUGUGGCGCCUCUUCUCGCCGGCCGACGCCUCGGCGCUGCCCCGCGACUCCAAGGGCCGCUUCUUCCUCGACCGCGACGGCUUCCUCUUCCGCUACGUCCUGGACUACCUGCGCGACCAGGAGCUGGUCCUGCCCGAGCGCUUCCCGGAGCGCAGCCGCCUGCAGCGGGAGGCCGAGUACUUCCAGCUGCCCGACCUGGCGCGCCGUCUGGCCGCCGCCGCCGCGCCCCCCCCGCCCCGCUUCUCGGCCCUGCUGCGCGACCCCUCCGUCUGCGCCGACGACCCGCCGCCGGGGCUGGGCUACCUGGAGGCGGAGCUGCCCGAGGCCGGCGCGUCGGCCUCGCCCACCUCCAGCCGCAGCCCGUCGGGGGGCCCCCUGCUGGCGCCCUCGCUCUCCCUCGACGCCGGCGGUGGCGGGGCGUCGGGCGGGCGGCGCUCGGGCUACAUCACCAUCGGCUACCGCGGCUCCUACACCAUCGGGCGGGAGGCGCCGGCCGACGCCAAGUUCCGCCGCGUGGCGCGCAUCACCGUGUGCGGGAAGACGGCGCUGGCCAAGGAGGUCUUCGGCGAGACGCUCAACGAGAGCCGCGACCCGGACCGGCCCCCCGAGCGCUACACGGCCCGCUACUACCUCAAGUUCAACUUCCUCGAGCAGGCCUUCGACCGCCUCAGCGAGGCCGGCUUCCGCAUGGCCGCCUGCUCCUCCACCGGCACCUGCGCCUUCGCCCCCGAGCAGGGCGGCCUCGCCGACGACAAGAUCUGGACCAGCUACACCGAGUACGUCUUCUGCAGGGAGUGAGGAAGGGCGGCCCGGCCCGGCCCAGGCAACACGCCUCGCUCUUGGGCCUCCAGACGUGCGCUGCCAGUCCCGUGU